GCGCAGACCGGUGAGUCUGCGGGUAGUCUGGCGUUGAUUGGCUCCCUACGGGACUUCAUCUUUCACCUGACCCAGAUCCUUGCCGGUUUCGCCGUCCGCAAGUUGGGUUAUGUGCGGAUGAUGGCGGCAGGCAUGCUCUCCCUGGUGGCCAGCCUGCUUCUGGACAGCAUUGCGCCCGGGACGCGGUGGCUCUUCAUCUCUUACAGCCUCCUCUCUGGGAUCUCUUUAUCCAUGCUCAUGACCCCAGCCAUCGCGGUGCUUUAUGAACAUCUCCGCGGCAAUCAGCUGGCCAUUGCUGUGCAUCUUGCAUCCUCAGGCCUGGGUGCUGGUGGCCUCCUGGUCAACCCAUUGAUGCACUACUCCCUGCUCGAAUUUGGCUGGCGAGAAACUCAGCGACUUUGCGCAGCCACUUGCGCCAUGGUAUUGGCAGCUAGUCUACUGGGACUCUGGUGGUCCACGCGUGCCCGGCCAAGCAGCCGCGUGACAGGGGUGGGCGCGCCGCCCUUGAAGAGGUCUCUGUCCUCGGCCCUGAAAGAGCACGGCCAGGACCUGCUGCAUCCCCUCUCCGAGCUGAAUUUUGUACUGCUUUGUGCAGCGUUCUUCUUCUUUUUCUGCGGCUGCACGGUGCCAUACACCCACCUUGUCUUCUACGCUCGUGAUGUGCAAGGCUACGAGGAUGCGCCGCAGAUGAUGUCCCGAAUGGGAGCUGCGAGCAUGCUGGGGUCUCUUGCAUUUGGCUUUGUCUCCGGCUACUGCCGAGCAUCAGUGGUGUUCGUGAUCGUCAUCACGAUCCAAAGUGUAGCACUCAUCUGCCUGCCCUACUGCCACGAUGCCGUGGAGUUGGAGGCCUUCUCCCGGCUUUUUGGCACUUUUGCUGGCAUCCGCCUGGGCAUCCAAAGUCUGGUGGUGGCAGAAUUCUUUGGCGCCGAUAGAGUGGCGCACUUGUAUGGUCUGGCGAAUCUUCCCAUGAGUCUCGGCUCUUUGGUUGGACCAGCAGUGGUGGGAGCUAUCUACGACGCGACAGGCAGCUACACCUUAGCCUUCUGGGGCGUGGGCAUGCAGAUGCUACUGGCAAUACC